AUGUCUAGAUCAGAAGAUACUCGGAACAGUCUGACCUCCGCUGCAGGACUGCCAUGGUGGCAAAACACAGCCAUUGUCGACAUCACUGAUGGGGGUAAUACCAUAAUUCUCAAGCGGGACACCAAUUUUACUUUCUCUCCUGGAUUCUCCAAAGGCAACUCGACUGAGAGAAGAGCCGUCACUCUCGUAGCGGGCAUGUCCUGGUAUGCGCCAGGUGACGCUCUGCAUCUUCCCUCCCCUGAAGAAGUAGACCAUAGUAGGCUUAGAGGAUUCGACAGAUGGGAAGAUAGUAAGCCCAUGAUAAAGGAAGAUCUGGAGUUCCGAAGCCACAGCGCAUAA